AUGGCGGGACGUGGUAGGGGUCGCGAGAUGACUCUCCCCGCCUGGAUGAAGUCGGCGGGAGGCAGCGGCCCCACUUCAGCUAUCGGCGCACGUCCCGAAAACCCCCCCGGACCCCCCGGUUUAGGUCCUCCCCCGCAAUCCCCCGCUCCCCAGUUCUCCCCGAAUCGCCCACACGGCUUUCCGCCAAACCCGGGCGCGCCACCCUUUGCGCGGGAUCCCCUCGCGCGCCCCGGGCCCUUCCCCGGCGGAAUGCCCGUGCCGGUUGCUCCCCCGCAUCUGCAGCCGCCUCCGCCGCCGCCCAGACCGGGAGGAGGCCCACCACGGCCGAUGCCGGGAAUGCACGGACCCGGUGCCGGACCUGUUCCCGGACGUCAUCCCGGACCUCAUCUCGGACCUAUUCCCGGACCUGGUUCCGGUCCUCCUGGUUUGGGUCCCCACGGCUCGGGAUCUCCGGGGGUAAUACCUCCGCGAGGGCCCAUGGGGGGGGCAAUGAUGGUGCGCCCAGGCUUUCCGCCGAUGCAUCUCCCCCCUGGCGCGCAGGGCUUUCCGGGGGGCGCUCCCCCCGGGCCCCCCGGGCCUCUCCCCGGCCCCCCCGGACCUCCCCCGGGCCCCCCUGGUGCGCCCUUCGCAGGCGGACCUCCCCCGCAGGCGGGUGCGCCUGGGGGAGGUUUUCCGCCGCAGUUCCCCCCGCAGCAGAUGCAGCUGCAGUUUCCGCCGCAAAUGGCGCACGCGCAGCAACAGCACCCGCCGCCGCCACAGCAGCAGCAGCCGCAGCAGCAGCCGCAGCAACAGCCGCAGCAGGGGGGAAGUGCAGGGCGAAUAAAACGGCUGGCGGAGGGGAUGAAGGGGGGGAAAGAGGGGAAGCUGGGGGAGACGGGGGGGGGCGGGAGAGGGGGGGAAGGAGGGGAAGGCGGGGAGAAAGAACGCGGGAGGGGCGCGGAGGGGGCAGGAGGUGCUGCUGGAGCCAAUGGGGGCGUGCCACGUGGACAAUGGGGGAGCGAGGGGAUGGGGAGUGCGGGGAGGAGAGGUCUAGAGGAGGCCGUUCAAUUCGCUGUUUUGAAAGACCAGGAGGAGGCGGCACAAGCAGCUCUGGCUCGUGGGGCAAGCCAGGCAGCAGCAUCGGGGGACAUGGAUACAUCAGCCGACCCCCAGUCGCUGCUCAACUCCCGCCACGACCCCAACGCCCUCAAGGGAAAGCUGCUACAGAUGACUGCAGAGCACCGAGCAGAGGGUGGGGGUGGUGGUGGGGGUGGGGGAAGUGCUGGGAAGAAUCAUGCGGAAGGGGGUACAGCAACGGGUGGUAGUAAUAAUGCUGCAGCAGCCACCUCUGCUUCUGCUACUGGGGCCGCUCCUGCAUCGUCGCUUCCUCCUGGCUGGUACGAGGGGGUGGACGAGGCAACAGGCGUGAAGUACUAUUUCAACGAGCACACAGGCGUGAGCCAGUGGGAGCCGCCGGUUACCGCGCCCAAGAGACCUAUCCCCCCCCCGCCUCCCCCGCCCGUGCUCACACCUCUGCCCCCUGGGUGGGAGGAGGCUAUGGAUGCUGAAUCGGGCCAUAAGUACUUUUAUAACUCCACCACCAACGAGACCAGCUGGGAGCGACCCAAGGCACAGAACGCAGGCAUAGGAGGAGCUGGAGGAGGAGGGGGUGGGGAGGCGAAUGGGAAUGACAGUAGCAGUGGUGCUGCUGCUGGUGCUGCUGGUGGCAGUGGUGGGGUGAAGUUCAAGCGGUGUGCGGGUUGCCAGGGGUGGGGCCGGGCGUUGGUGCAAUCGUGGGGUUAUUGCAACCACUGCACGAGGGAGCUAGGUAUAGUGGUGCCUCCUGGUGGUUCCAAGAAAGCAUCUGGAGCAGUCGCUGCAGCAGCCGCAGCAGCUGCAGCAGGGGGGGCAGAGGAAGGGCUAGGGAAUGAAAGGGAGGCCGGGGGAGGUCCAAGAGCAGAACCAAAGAGCAGGCUCGGCGGCGUGCCCAGGCCUGGUGCGCACGCAGCAGCAACACGCAAGGUGCAGCGGAAACGAGCAGCGGCAGCAGCUGCAGCAGGAGGGGGAGACGACAAGGACGAAAUUGAUCCCAUGGAUCCGUCUUCGUAUUCGGAUGCCCCCCGGGGCGGAUGGGCGGUGGGGCUUAAAGGACUGCAACCGCGAGCAGCAGACACCACUGCAACGGGUCCCUUGUUCCAGCAGCGCCCCUACCCCUCCCCUGGCGCUGUUCUGCGCCGCAAUGCUGAGCUCACAGGAGGAGCAGGCGGAGCAGGAGGGAAAGGAGCAACAGGGAAGGGCGGCAAGGCCGGCCCCACGGUGCAGGGCUAUUCUGUGAUUCGCAAGCGGGGAGAUGGGAGUGAUGGGCUGGGAGAUGCUGAUUAG